AAGCUCAGUGUUGAUGCAGCCCCAUGCUACACCCUGGCUGGCAGUCGGGCUGUGAGUGCGGCCGCUGUCGGUAUCACUGUGGGCUGCUGUAGGGCUAUGGCGGUGCACGGGACUCGAGUGCGCAGGCUGCUAGCUGGGAGCUUCUUGCAGGUCUCCAGGAGGGGCUGCGUGUCCGGCGCGCCUGCUGUGUCAGCCACCCAGGGCUUGUCCAGCAAAGACAGAAAGACAUUUAUCAAAGAGCACUCCUUGCCUUUCUCUGCCUUCCUCACCGACAGCUUUGGUCGACAGCACAAUUACCUGAGGAUCUCACUGACUGAGAAAUGCAACCUCCGAUGUCAGUACUGCAUGCCAGAAGAUGGAGUGAAACUUACCCCAAAGAGUGAGCUCCUCACCGCCCAGGAGAUCAUCACUCUGGCCCGCCUCUUCGUACAGGAAGGGGUAGAUAAAAUCCGCCUGACUGGAGGAGAGCCGCUGAUCCGGCCAGAUGUGGUGGAUAUUGUAGCACAGCUCCGGCGACUGGAAGGCCUGAAGACCAUUGCACUUACCACUAAUGGAAUUAACUUAGCAAGACAACUACCCAAACUGAAAGAUGCUGGUUUGGAUAUUCUCAAUAUCAGCCUAGACACCCUUGUUCCAGCAAAAUUUGAAUUUAUUGUUCGAAGAAAAGGUUUUCAUAAGGUCAUGGAAGGUAUCAGCAAAGCAAUUGAGAUGGGAUAUAAUCCUGUGAAAGUAAACUGUGUGGUUAUGAGGGGUUUGAAUGAGGAUGAGCUCCUUGACUUUGUCAGUCUCACAGAGAAGAAGCCCUUAGAGGUCCGAUUUAUUGAGUACAUGCCCUUUGAUGGCAAUAAAUGGAAUUUUAAGAAGAUGGUGAGCUACCAGGAGAUGCUGGAUACAAUCCGCCAAAAGUGGCCUGAACUGGAAAAAAUUCCUACCGAAAUUUCCAGCACUUCCAAGUCUUACAGGGUACCCCAUUUCCAGGGGAAAAUUGGAUUUAUCACAUCAAUGUCUGAGCAUUUUUGUGGGUCCUGUAAUCGUCUCAGAAUCACAGCUGAUGGGAACCUUAAGGUGUGCCUUUUUGGGAAUUCGGAGGUUUCUCUGCGGGACUGUUUGCGCUCUGGAGCUAUUGAGGAAGAGCUAGUUCAGAUUGUUGGUGCAGCGGUCGGCAGGAAGAAGAAACAGCAUGCAGGAAUGUUUAACAUCUCCCAGAUGAAGAACCGACCCAUGAUCCUGAUUGCUGGUGGACGAAGAACUACUAGACUGCUUCCUAGUAUCCUGCAGGAGUUGCGUAGCUUUAAAAGAAGAAUUUGUUUAGAAGGUGUGGGCAUUGUUCAGAGGAAAUUGCUGUCAGGAGCCCUUAUAACUUUUAGGAGUAGUUUUUCUGCACAUGGGCUCCUCCCAGUGUGCUCUUCAAUGCAAAAACUAUCUUCUGCUUUGGUGCUUCAACUGCGUUGUUACAGCAGUGAUCAAAACAACCAUAAACCCUUCCAAAAUCCAAAGUGCCUUAAUACAUUGUCUUCCACUACUGAGAUCAAUGAAAAGUCAUUUAUAGACCGUAGUCCAACAAGUGACUCAUCUGAACAUCAGGUUUACAAUCCCAGCUUGCAGGGAGCUUCAGAACACUUGACACAUGUAGAUACAGCAGGAAAGGUCAUCAUGGUGGAUGUUGGAAGGAAACCGGAUACUCCUCGCAAUGCAGUGGCCAUAGCAGUGGUUCGAUUGGGUCCAAAAGUCUUCAGCUUAGUACAGUCUAACCAGCUGAAAAAGGGUGACGUGCUCACAGUGGCACAGAUCGCAGGAAUACAAGGAGCCAAAUUCACCAGCCAACUUAUUCCUCUGUGCCACAAUAUCUCUUUGACCCAGGUAAAUGUCGUGCUGAGACUGGAUAGCAUUCGGUUUGCUGUAGUGAUCGAGGCCCAGUGCAGCACACAUGGCAAAACCGGCGUUGAGAUGGAAGCAUUAACUGCGGCAAGUGUGGCAGCUUUAACAGUGUACGACAUGUGUAAGGCAGUCUCCCAUGAUAUUGUGAUUGAAAACGUCAAGCUUCUGAAAAAGACUGGAGGGCAAAGGGGGGAUUUUCAGAGGGAGAGUGCUAGUCUGCCGAACUCUGUUAGUGAGUGAAGGAUUUGCAGUGAGCUGGUUAGAGAUACUACAAAUCUGAAUUCUGGUAGUCCUUGUGUUAAUAUCAAAGGCAAAAAUAACUUCCUGUAGGUUUAAACCAGAGACAUUUAAGAACAAAAAAUGAAACCUUUAUGACUGAGAUACAGUAUAAUAUAAAGAUUAAAACAUGACAAAUUCCUAUCAAA